CUUCCCUCCUUCACACGUCGUGAUCCCGUCGACCUCCUCGCUAUCAUCAGCUCAAAGGUCAACGCCGUCAUCAAAAGACUGCAAGCCAUCUUCGAUCGCAAGGAUCAGUUGCUUGACACCCCCCACGAUCGUCGGCUCGCCCUUCAGCGCAUCGGUGACAGACUCGAGUGGAUACUCGACAACAUCACGGAGAACGGCACCUCGUGGACUCGCAGUCAGCAACAGAACAUCGAUUGGUUCUGCAAGGAGUUUGGGAAGGUCAGGUUUAGUGGACUUGGACAAAACUUCAAGCGUGUUGUCAAAGCUCUAGUCGAGCUAGAAUGUUUUGGGUACUUAGAUUGGAUCGUCGUUUAG